CAAACACUGCGCUCGUUGAAUUGCUCAGCACGCCCAUACCGCCCUUGCGGUAGUUAGAACGGAACAGAAACGGAGUGGUGGAGUGUGUGUCGAGUCGAGAGAAAGUCAUCUACCAGUCGCGCCGUCGAGGACUCCUUUCUUCGACGGCCUCUUCGUGCUCAUUCGCCAUGGCAAGCGAGCAGAACAAAUCUGCCAAUUCUGGAGGUCACGAACAACCGCCGCCACACCCGAUGGUAUCUUACCCCCCUCAGCAUUUUGGUAGCUCAUACGUCCCUCCUGGACCCUACCCUUCUAUCUACACUUACGCUCCCGUCCCCGACGGUAAUCAUGACCCAAACAUCCCAGGCGGAGCCCCUCCGCCUGCUCCAUACUUCAUGGCAAUCGCGCCUCCGCCGCCAGGCAUGGUUUAUGCCUAUCCAGCACCUCCACCUGGAUAUCCUCCGUACGUGCCACCAAUGCAAGCCCCGCCGCCGCAGCGUCCCAAACGCAAGCAAGUAAAGAUGGCAUGCACGAAUUGUGCGAGUGCAUGCAAGAGGUGCGACGAAGCCCGUCCUUGCGAGCGCUGCCGUAAAUACAAUAUUGCGGAUAGCUGCGUCGAUGGCGUCCGGAAAGAGAGAAAGAAAGGCAUAAAGCGUGGCCCUUAUAAGCGCAAGAAUAGGAAUCCGGGAACCGAGCAAGCAGCCGGAGGAUAUUCCUCUCCUCCUGCCGGUGAAGGCGAUCAGCCAGCUGCACCUGUUCCUUAUCCCGUGCCGCCUGAAGGAUAUUAUUCAUAUUACUACCCGCAUGGAUACAUGCCGCCUACCCACGAUGGCCAGCCCCAUCCGGAGGGUGUUCCAAAUGGCAACGGUCAACACAUUCCACACCCCCCGUACAUACCUGUCCCAAUGUAUGCGCCGUUUCCGCCGUACUCUGGAGCUCCCAUGCCGUACCCGCCCCCUCCGAUGCCGACUCCCGCGCCUGCGUCGAAUGCUGCCCCGAUCACGAACGGAAGAGCUGAUCCUCCUAGCCACAACGAGGCUAACGGAGAUAGCGCCAGCACCAAGAAUAAAAAGAGGGUGCGCGCCAAGAAUGGUGACGACGGGACGAAAUCAAGGAGGACGAAACACGUCCCCACGGACUCGCAGCCUGACGGCGACAUCGGACGUGGGAAGAAUGUGUCUCUGAACGGCCAGUCAGAGGCAGGAGGCGUCUUCAAUGGAAUGGAAACCAGAACCGUGGUGGCUGUCUAGCCAUUACCUGCUCCACACCAGGCACCAUGCCGCGUGUCUCGAUGCAUGUCUGCCAAUUCCAGACAUGCUCUCAACAUCUUUCCACUACCGCCAUUGUACUUGUAUCUCUCGCGUUGUGUGACUGGAAAGAAAUCGUCUCUAUCUCUCGUCUUUUAUACCGCCUUUAUUGGCGUACAAUCACUCCUACCUUGGCCCGCGGCUCCGGUGUGCUAGGAUGUGUCUGGUGAGCUCUUUAGCCAGCACAGGGGUCCAGUCUUGCACUGUCGAUCCCUUUGAUGCGCUAAAUAACUAGCAGAAAUGUCCCGCCUCGAAGCGUUGGUUGAGCGUAUAGAUCUCGUCUCUUCCUCGUGCUUGGUUCGUGUCCCAGUUCCCCGUAUGUUUCCCGUUUUGCUAUGUGAUAACUGCUCUGUGGACGUAUGUACGGAAGGUUCUGAUUUGUAUAGCGAAAAAAACAACAACAAAUGGA